UCAUUACUCACUGUCAAGUCUUUCCAUUGAGUCUUCCUCUCAUUCCUAUUUUGUUUAUGAAUGUCAUAAGUUUAGUUUUUAUUACUUUAACAGAAAACAUAUAUGAAGAUGAUGAGCACUAGUGUUGCAUGUAUUCUCAAGUUAGUUGCGUUACUCUUUGUUGCGGUGUUGAAGUUGUUUGCGAAUGACACUGUUGGUUGCUUAGAGAACGAGAGACACGCUCUCCUUCAGUUGAAAGCCAGCCUGACGUUGGAUUAUGACACUUCCCUUUUGUCUACAUGGGAUAGUGAGAGUGAGGAUUGUUGUGCAUGGGAAGGAAUUGGUUGUAACAAUCAAACUGGACAUGUUGAAAUGUUUCAUCUUAGUCCUCCUCGGUUCGGUUAUUUUCCAGGCGAGAUCAACACAUCAUUGAUGGAGUUGAGUCAUUUAACAUAUUUAAACAUUAGUGGGAAUCAGUUUUCAAACAGUAUUUUUUCAGAAUUAUUUGGUUCACUUACCAACUUGAGAUUCCUUGACCUCCAAGAUUCAUUUCAUGGGGGAAGAAUUCCAAAUGAUCUUGCUCGUCUUUCACACUUGCAAUAUCUUGAUCUAUCAUGGAAUAACCUGGACGACACAAUCCCUCAUCAACUUGGAAAUCUCUCUUAUUUGAAACAUCUUGAUCUCAGACAGAAUUUUGGCCUUGUUGGGGCAAUCCCUCGUCAACUUGGAAAUCUCUCUCAUUUGCAGUACCUUGAUCUUUCAGGAAAUUCUCUUGUUGGAACUAUUCCUCAUCAACUUGGAAGCCUUUCAAGUUUACAAGAGCUUCAUAUUGGAGACAAUAUAAGACUCAAUGUUGGAGGUCAGUGGCUUUCUAAUCUCACUCUUUUAACCCAUCUUGACUUGAGUGGCAUACCCAAUCUCAAUUCUUCUCAUCUCUGGCUCCAAAUGAUUGCUAAGCUACCUAAUAUACAAGAAUUGAAACUCUCUGGUUGUGACCUUUCCGAUCUUUACCUUCAUUCUCUGUCCCAUUCACGGUUGAACUUUUCUACUUCUCUUGCAAUCCUUGACCUUUCAUAUAAUGCCUUUUCAUCUUCUAAAAUAUUUGAAUGGGUGUUUAGUGCCACCUCUAACUUAACUGAGCUUGAUCUUAGUUAUAACAAAUUCAAUGGCACCAUUCCAUAUGAUUUUACCAACAUACAAAACCCUCUCGAACGUCUCGACUUGUCUAGUAAUGAACUACAAGGUGGAAUUCCAGAAUUUAUUAGACAUAUGUGUAUGUUACAGUCAUUGCAUCUUGAUGUUAGCAACUUGAAUGAAGACAUUUCAACUAUUUUACACAAAUUGUCAGGCUGUGCAAGAUACUCGCUGCAACAUUUGAGUUUACGUUCCAACCAACUCACUGGAGCAAUGCCUAAUCUUUCAACAUUCCCAUCUGUAAUAACAAUUGACCUUUCAAGCAAUAUGUUAAGUGGGAAGGUUCCGGAUGGAAUUUCAAAAUCCUUGGAGACUUUGACAUUUAAAUCAAAUUAUUUAGAAGGAGGAAUUCCAAAAUCAUUUGGUAACCUAUGUUCGUUAAAGUUGCUUGACCUUUCAAGUAAUAAACUGAGUGAAGAUCUUUCAGUGAUACUUCAAAAUUUAUCUAGUGGUUGUGCAAAGUACUCAUUGCAAGAAUUAUAUUUGGCUAGAAAUCAAAUUAGCGGCACAGUACCCAUCAUGGCUGGGUUCUCAUCAUUAGUGCGUUUGAACUUUGAAGACAACAUUUUAGAAGGUGAGAUCACUGAGACUCACUUUGACAACAUGUCCAUGUUAAAGGAUUUAAACUUGAAUGACAAUUCAUUGUCACUAAUAUUCAGUGAAAAUUGGAUCCCAACUUUUCAAUUGUCUAACUUACGUUUAAGGUCUUGUACUGUUGGAUAUAGUUUUCCAAAAUGGUUGCAAAGUCAAAAAGAUCUUCAAGAACUGGACAUUUCUAAUGCUAGAAUCUCAGAUGUAGUUCCAAUGUGGUUUUGGACUCAAGCAACAAAUAUAGCGUUCAUGAAUUUUUCCUACAAUAAUCUCAUUGGUAGAAUUCCAAAUUUGCCUAUAAGAUUUCGUGAAGGUUGUCAAGUAAUGCUGGAUUCUAAUCAAUUUGAAGGUUCAAUUCCUUUGUUUUUUCGCAGUGCAUUAUUGCUUCUGUUGUCGAAGAAUAAAUUUUCUGAAACUCCUUUGUUCUUAUGUGUUAAUACUACAACUUAUAGAAUGAGGACAUUAGACAUAUCAAAUAAUCAAUUCUCAGGGCAGCUUCCUGAUUGUUGGAGCAAUUUGAAAGAAUUGAAAUAUCUAGAUUUGAGUGACAAUACUCUCUCAGGUGAAGUUCCUUCCUCAAUGGGAUCAUUACUUGAACUUAAGGUUUUGAUAUUGCGAAACAAUAGCUUCACUGGGACGUUGCCUUUGUCCUUGAAAAAUUGCACAGAACUAAUCAUGCUAGAUGUUGGAGAUAAUAAAUUCUCAGGACCAAUUCCGUAUUGGUUAGGACAACAAUUGCAAAUGUUAAGCUUACGAAGGAACCGAUUCUAUGGAAUUCUUCCUGAGAGUCUUUGUUUCUUAACAAAUAUUCAGUUGUUGGAUCUCUCAGAAAACAAUUUAUCAGGACAAAUUUUAAAAUGCUUGAAGAAUUUUUCCGCACUGUCUCAAAAUGUUUCCUCAACUAGUGGCAUAGACUCUGUUUUAUUUUACACAGUUGAAGCUAUAGAUAGUAUUUAUGGCUUUGAUUUGAAUGCAUUAUUGACAUGGAAAGGUGCAGAGAGACAAUUCAAGAAUAAUAAGCUUAUUUUGAGGAGCAUUGAUCUUUCAAGCAAUCAAUUGAUGGGAGACAUUCCAAAGGAAAUAGGAAACUUGAUCGAAUUGGUGUCACUGAAUUUAUCAAACAACAAUUUAACCGGAGAAAUUACUUCAGAGAUUGGAAGGUUAACAUCACUUGAAUUUCUUGACCUGUCAAGAAACCAUUUAUAUGGUCUAAUUCCUUCUUCUCUAACUCAAAUUGAUCGUCUGACCAUGCUGGAUCUAUCGGAUAACAACCUGUCUGGAAGAAUUCCAAUCAGCACGCAAUUGCAGAGUUUUGAUGCAUCAAGUUAUGAGGGAAAUGUUGAUCUUUGUGGGAAACCGCUUGAUAAAAAAUGUCCUGGAGAUGAAGAAAUUGCGCAUCAGAAACCUGAACUAUAUGAAGAAAGUGUACCAGAAGAUAAAAAACCAAUUUAUUUGAGUGUGGCAUUGGGAUUUAUCACAGGAUUUUGGGGACUUUGGGGAUCAUUGUUUCUCAUCAGGACUUGGAGACAUACAUAUGUGUUGUUCUUGAACAACAUAGUUGACACAAUGUAUGUGUUUAUGGUGCUGAAAGGAAUUAAAUUUCAAAGGUGGAUUAGAGCUUUGCAGGAAAAGUUUUUCUAAGCAUCUCCAAUAGAAUCAUGUGCGACUUUGUUGAAGAAAUAAAGGAAUUAAUUCAGAGUUCUCUGUCAACUAUUAGUAAUUUACAUCACCAAUUUCUGAAUCAUAUACAUGUUAUAUAUGUUGUAAGAAUAAUAAUGUUAUUGUCAAAGAGAAAAAAAACAUGUUUUAUAAUCUUGUU